GGCUCUCAACAUAAAAAUAAGAAGGAAAAUAUCCGACAGGUUCAUGGGUAUGGAGCCUCGAUUCAGAACACUAAUAAUUCAAACUCAAGAGUUGAAAAAACUACCGGGCUGAAACUUGUUGUGAGAUCUUCAGAUAACAAUUUAAAAUCAGCCGACUCUAUACAAAUUUCUUUUGAACAGAACGACAAAAAAACCUCAACGGAUGAAAGCAUGAAUUCAUCGCUGUCAAGCAAGAAUGAAGUUAACUUAUCAGGAGAUGAAACUGUGAUUUCUCUAUCAGAGACUGAUAAUAAACCAAAAGGGAGGCUUUGGAAUAAUAUCAUGGCUCCUCAUAAUCAAUCUAACGAUGAUAAGGAUGCGAGUAGCGGUGAAGAAUGUGAUAUUGAGCUUCCUCCAAGAAAGUCCAAGGCCGCUUUCAAGGAGCCUGAACAAAAAUCAAAAAUACUAUUAAUGUUUAACAAGAGCCUCGAGACAAGUUCAUCAGUGGAUUGUUCAACUGAUCCUGCUGCUCGUGCGUGCUUUAAAGGUGCUGAAGAUCGUGUUACGGAGAGAAAUGCAUCUGGACACACACAUCUGUCAAAAAACACAGUACCCGACUCAUCUUUCUCUGAGCGUGUGAGGUUGGCAGCUUCAACGUUGAGGACGAUUACGACACCUGCCAAAGUCUCAAUGCUCACCUCUCUCCACAGUUUUUCAAAUGCAAAAAAUGUAUCAAGAAAUAUCCAUGCACCUACGCAGAAUGUCUUUGAUGCCUCGAACCCGUCAAAGGGAGAAAAAACAAAAUAGUAAGUAAGUAAACAGUAAAUAGGAAUAACAAAUUGAAUUGCUGAUUUAACAAUUAAAGUGUUACAAAAUA